GACAGGACGCACGGUGCGGGUGUGCAGCAGCGCGCGAAAGGACGCUCGGCGUCGAUAUGCGCCGCGACGCACGCCGUCUCGCUGGAGGCGAUCCCGCCGCCGUCGGGAGGCGCUUCCCCGGACGCGAACAGGAGGAGGCGGCCGGCGGCCAGGUCGCAGAGUGCCAGAACCGCCAAUCGCAGGUCGGUAAGGACACGCGUCAAUCCCUCCACCAACCACAACGGCGGCGCCGUCAAACCGCCGACGCAGCCGCAGCAGAGCACCAGCGAGCCGAAACUCGCCGACAAUCAUACGGCGACGCCCGACGUCUCGCCGCACAUCCGCCGCAAGGGGUCGCAGCACCAGCGUCGCGGCGCUUCGGGGCACCAGCGCAAGUCCACGGCCUUCCUGGACGUGCCGGAGACGCGCGGGAGAAGUCAGCGGGAGGAGGAGGGGGAGGAGGAGGAGGACGAGGACUCGUAUAGGUUGAGGUCCUUCAGCUUUACCUCCAAAGGGGUAUUCACAAAUAAAACUGGUAUCGUGAACAGAGGCGACUCGUUCAGGAGGCGGCGAUCGCGCAGCAACAGCCUGUGCCCGCCGGCCGGGGCCUUCGCCGGGGGGGCAAACACCCCCUCGCCCGUCUUCGACGAGCCGUGCCGCGGCGUCGGCGAGGUGGCCAGCUACGGCGUCGCUCUGCUCGGUGCCCAGGGCGUCGGCAAAACGGCGCUCAUCAGCCAGUUCAUGACGUCGGAGUGCAUCAACGCCUACGACAGGCAGAAAGAUCUUCUAGGAGCCCAAACUGUAUCCAUCAUGCUCAAUGGAGAAGAAUCUGAACUGACCUUUCAAAAUUCUGGAACCAUGAAAGACGUAGACAAAUUGCAUCCACCAGACGCAUUCGUCGUGAUGUACUCGGUGGUAGACAAAGCGAGUUUCCUCAAGGCCGAAGUUGAAAUGACUAGGCUUCAAGAUGCCGAUUUGCUGAGGUCGAGGCCCGCCAUUCUAGUCGCCAACAAAAUCGACUUGGCCAGAAGCAGAGCAGUCUCCACGCAAGAUGGCAAAUGUCUGGCGUGUACAUUCAGGGCCAAGUUCACUGAGAUCUCGGUGGGAAUCAAUCACAACGUGGACGAGCUGCUUGUAGGAAUAUUGACGCAGAUCCGGCUCAAAGUACUGCAUUUUGAAGAAGGAGGUCACAAUCCGCAAUGGUACAAGAGUAGGGGCAUGGUUAAGGCCAGUAUGAAAGCGAGACAGAUGUUCACGUGGCUGUUUGGCAAAGAAGACUCGAAAUUCAAGAACUGUGAAAACCUCCAUAUCCUGUAGCGUACCAAGAUGCGAACUGAAUAUUCAUAAGGAGUUGAAAGGAAUCGCUAUAUUCGGUAGAAUAGCUAUAUAUGUACUCAUUUGCUAUCAGGAUUUUGGGGAAUUUGCAUAUAAUGUAAAAUAUGAUAGCAUUGGGACUAAUAGGAGGCAGUUUGCAAGCAGCAAAAUCAAGGAAAAAUGUGUACCGAAACUAAAGGGUCCAACAAAAUACAUAUGACAACAACUAAAAACUGAACUACAUUUUUCAUACCGAUAUGAAAGAGCAUCUUGAUGAAUGAUGCUUGAAAGACUUGGCUUGAUUCAAUCAGAUUAGAUUUGGAAGUCAUGAACAAAAAUCCACAAAUAAUUGCAUUGUUAACAAAUAGUGGUAGAUUGUCUGAGUUUGUAUAUAUUUGUUGAUAGUUGAUUCCGAAUCUUGCAGAACUACCUCCGUGAUGAAGACAUUUUGAUGUGAAUAGUUUUUGUAAACAAAUAUUUAUUCUACUCAAUAUUGCUUCCUUUUCAUCCUAUCGUGACAAUUAUUUUAAUAUUAUAAUAUUUAUCAGAUCUGGAAGAAGUAUUGUUGUGACUGAUUUUCCAUUUCUUUCGUAUGUUAAUUAGUAUGUUUGUUCCUGAUGACUAGAUAGAAUUGUGGAAAAUAUGGAGAAUAAAUAGUGAUAAGUGAAUGUAAAGGAAUUGUUUUUACUAUUUCAGUGUGUAAUGUUUUCAGGGCGUUUGGAGAAUAGCUAGAAUUAUAUUUAAACAUUUGAGUAUGGAUCGAUCAAGAAACUUAUUGUUAUUGAGUUUGUGUUGAUACUCUGCUUCUAUAAAUAUAGUAGAGGAACAAAAAUGUGUAACUCAGAUAUUGAAUAAUUUCGAUAUUGUAAAUGUUUAUGGAAUUGCUGUUUUGAUAUGAAGUGAUCAUAUUUUCAGGGGUAAGGGGUUAGACAUUUUUUAAUGUGAGGUUAUGGCUACAAAGAUAUCAAAUAUGAAUGCAAUCGACGUCACUGUCAAUUUUAUUAUAUUUCUAUCGAAUUGAAUCACAAUUUCGAGAUCAGUACGCACGAUGUUCUUCGAACACCAUAAGGAUUUUCUCUCAUACGCUCCAAGAGAUGAAAAAAAUUGAAGAAAUAACAACUGACAUUGACAAGAGACAAUGCAUUUUCCAGAAUAUACAGGGUGAUUCACAUAACAACCGACAUAGGGCAGGGGCAUGUAGGGGGUCCCAAAAUAUGGCAAUUUAACGCAACUUACCUCUAUACCAAGUUACUUCCCUAAGGAGUUGUAGGCAUAGCACUAACAGCAUGUCAACUUGCUCGUUAAAAUAAAACUUCCCGUUCAUUUUAAAAACACUCAAACAACAAUUACUUAAUUAAACAACUCACUUGCCUCAUUGUCAAGUUUGACGUUCAUUUUCAUAGCCAACUUUUGAAUUUUCGAUGAUUUUAAAUAACACACCUAGAGCGCGCGUUUUCAGUUAUUCGAGUUUUUGAUGAAAAUAAUGAGGUUUUUCGAAAAAUUACUGGAGUAAGAAAAGUUUUAGAAUUGAAUUGCCCACAAAGCAAAGAAUUUUGAAAUCCAUCAAGGGUUAACAAAAUUAUGUUGAAUAUUAAUGGUGCGCCACCCGGUAUACCCCCUUUACAAAUUUCAAUUAAACUCUAGCUACUGUAAAAAAAACGCCCCAAAUACAUCCACAAAGUGUACCAAAUUUGGUUGCUUUGAGUUCAAGGAUAACGAAGAUAUUGAUUUUUUUCAAAAUUUAUAACUUCACUUUCAAAGCCUAUAUCUCCUUAGGGAAGCAACUUGGUAUAGAGGUAAGUUGCGUUAAAUUGCCAUAUUUUGGGACCCCCUACAUGCCCCUGCUCUAUGUCGGUUCUUAUGUGAAUCACCCUGUAUUCAAUUUGCCAGAUUAUUUGCUACCAACAAAUAGCAUGAAAUGUUUCCGUUUCCAAGUGAAAUAAUAUUAUUAUGAUCAUCAGUUGCAUUGUGAAUAUCCAUGAACACUUUCAGUAUCGAAAAUGAAAAUUACUGAAAUCAGGUUAUGUAAUGGUGCACACACAGGGUAGUGAAAUCACCCAAGUAAUCAAUUUUUUUUUUCAAUAAAACUAUUUCAAGUUCAAUAAUGGCCUACUCAGGGUAACUUGAUGCCGAUUUGACAUAUUUGACAUCAUGCCAAAUACUUCUUGAACUUCUAGGGAUACUAGGCCUACUUAUAAUUGACCCAAACUAAACUGAGUCCUUCCAUAAAAAAAUCCUGUACUUUCUUGUCAGCGUUACAAAUUUACAUUGUAUUUAGGUGUUAGUUUUAAAUUGAAAUAGAAUAGGUAAUGUUUAGAGUAUAUCAAUGAGGUGUAUAUCAAAAUGACCAAAGAAACGAUACUAGACUUGGUAUCAUGAAAUACAUAUUAUGCGUUAUAAUCAUGUUUCAUAUUUCUUCUUGGCUCAACUCUUGUAUCUAGUUUUAUUAUGUUUAACAUGGAAAUAACUCUACUUUGUUACUCUGUAAAUUUUCUACAUCGAUUUUUCUCUAAAACUUUUUGACAAUAAUAUUUGUUGUAUGUUGUUUAAUUAAAAGUGUUUAUAUAAA